UAAAAUAAACCUCUUUUCAUUAGUACUGAGUAUUUGUAAGUCUUGGAUACCGUAUAUUCUUGUUUAUCCUAGUAACUAAGGUUGUUUUUCGUAGUAUUUAAGGUUGUUUUAUUAAGGUUUAAGGUUGUUUUUGAGGUAAUUAAGGUUUAAGGUUGUUUUUGAGGUAAUUAAGGUUGUUUUUUCGCAGUAAUUAAGGUUGUUUUUGAAGUAAUUAAGGUUGUUUUUUGUAGUAAUUAAGGGAACCAUGCCUGCAAUGUUGUCUUCUGUUCUCUCCAAUAUUACCGAUUUUGUUGUCCACGAAGGCAACGGCGUGAAGGGUCUUGCCGACAUGGGUCUCGAGGCCCUUCCCAAACAAUAUGUUCAGCCGGAGGAGGAACGGAUCACGACCAGCACGGUCAUCGUCGACGACACUAUUCCGGUCAUUGACUUGUCGGAGUGGGGGAGUGAUCCGAAGGUGGGUGAUAUGAUCUGUGAGGCUGCGGAGAAGUGGGGGUUCUUCCAGAUUGUGAAUCAUGGAGUUCCCCUUGAGGUUCUUGAGGAGGUUAAGGCGGCGACUUACCGGUUUUUCCGGUUGCCAGCGGAGGAGAAGAACAAGCAUUCCAAGGAAAAUUCUCCCUCCAAUAAUGUGAGAUAUGGCACCAGCUUUACUCCCCACGCUGAGAAAGCUUUGGAGUGGAAAGAUUUUCUCAGUUUGUUCUACGUUUCCGACGAGGAAGCCGCCGCUCUUUGGCCGUUGGCCUGUCGGGAUGAAGCGCUGACGUUUAUGAGAAACUGUGACGCCGUUAUAAAAAGGUUAUUGAAGUCUCUAAUGAAGGGACUAAACGUAACGGAGAUUGACGGAACCAAAGAAUCUCUGUUAAUGGGUUCAAAGAGAAUUAACAUGAAUUAUUACCCCAAAUGUCCCAACCCGGAGCUCACCGUCGGCGUCGGCCGUCACUCCGACGUCUCCACGCUCACCAUCCUCCUCCAGGACCAAAUCGGCGGACUUUACGUUCGGAAACUGGAUAGCGACACGUGGGUUCACGUCCCGCCGAUCAACGGCGCCAUCGUGAUUAACGUCGGCGACGCGCUUCAGAUCUUGAGCAACGGGCGGUACAAGAGCAUCGAGCACCGCGUGAUCGCUAAUGGAAGCAACAAUAGGAUUUCAGUGCCGAUCUUCGUCAAUCCCCGCCCGAAUGAUAUCAUCGGACCGUUGCCGGAAUUGUUGGAGAGCGGCGAGAAGCCGGUGUACAAGAACGUGCUUUACUCCGACUACGUCAAACAUUUCUUCAGGAAAGCUCACGACGGAAAAGAAACAGUGGAUUUCGCAAAGAUAAAUUAGAUACAAAUUAAACUCCAUCAUCUUCACUGUAAUCUGGUUUUGAAGUUCAUGUUUAUGUUCUGCAUGCAUGUAAUGUAAGAUUUCAUGAAAUAUUCUUAAAUUUUAUCAUUUAUAAAAUUAUUUUCUUUUUCCCACUCUA